AACGUCAUUUCCGGCUCCUCUGUCUCAAAGCAAGAUGGCGGCCGUGAUAGAGAGAGUUGAUGGAUGUGUUGGGUCCUUGGACUCAGAUAUCGUGUCACUAAGACAUACACCCCCUCCAUCGGACCAGCAGCACCAGAACAACCCCCUGCUGGGCCUGCCCAUCGUGGCCAUCGAGACCAUCCUCAACUUCCUGUCCUACGAUGAGAUCAGCCUGCUGCGCUCGGUAUGCAAGCGUAUGGACAUGAUUUGCCAGCGUGUCCUGAAUCAGGGAUUCCUGAAGGUGGAGCGUUACCACAGCCUGUGCCAGAGGCAAGUCAAAGCCCAGCUGCCCAGGAGAGAGUCAGAGAGGAGAAACCACUCCCUGGCCCGUCACGCUGACAUCCUGGCUGCUGUGGAGACCCGCCUUUCACUACUCAACAUGACCUUCAUGAAAUAUGUGGACUCCAACCUGUGUUGCUUCAUCCCUGGAAAGGUUAUAGAUGAGAUUUACCGCGUGUUGCGCUACGUGAACUCUACCCGAGCACCUCAGCGAGCUCAUGAGGUUCUGCAGGAGUUGAGGGACAUCUCCUCCAUGGCCAUGGAGUACUUCGAUGAGAAGAUCGUCCCCAUUCUGAAGAAGAAACUGCCGGGAGCCGAUCUGUCUGGUCGCCUCAUUGGCUCUGCACCAGUGGCAGGUCCAUCUACCUCUUUGACCACCAUGUCCUUGCUGGCUAAGAACACACCUUCUCGCUCUGAGAUGACCAAGGUGCAGCAGCAGGUGAAAGUGAACGGGGCAUCGAUGACGGUACUGCGGAGGGAGAUGCAGGAAAUUCGGGUCAAGCAGCUGGAGCAGCAGAAGCAGCUGCAGGACCAGGAGCAGAAGCUGCAGGAACAGAGCCAGGUGAUCGCUGAGCAGAACGCCCGCCUCGCAGAGCUGGAGCACAAGCUCCGUGAACUGAUGGAGAGUAGCGCUGCUGCUAUCGGAGGACCCAGGCCCAACACAACUGUCCCCUCCACAUCCAGCAGCUCUGCUGUGUCUUUCACUGCUGCCAGCACAUCUGCUGCUGUCUUGACAGGCGUGGCUGCAGCCUCACCCAGGGAGACAGAGGGUGAGGUAGGGUCUUCGCUAAAACGCACCAGAAAAAGCUCAGACCUUCCACGACAAUCCAAACGGCUGCGCAGCAAGAAAUGAGAAACUCAGUGUGUCAUUUAGCUCAAGUUAUUUUGAUUUUUAAGGUCUGACUGAUCACAUCUUAAACCAGUGCCCAGAGUUAUCAGCCACUCCACCAACACACUUCCUGUAUACUGUCUCACACACAGCGCUGACACCACCUGCUGCGGUGUGGAAUAAUUCUCUGCUGUCCACAACCAAAGCACUGAACCCUGAAUGUCAUCCAGGACUUUGCACAUGGUUAGGUUUGUCGUUACAGAGCUGUUAAUGUCUGAUUUUCCUUUUGUUAAAGACUCGCCUAAAUAAUACAUUACUGUGUAAACACGUCACUAGUUUAUAGUUUCACCUUUAAAAAGGUCCCGUUCUCAGCUACUCCGUGUUGUAGUUUCUACUUUGAGCAGUGGAUUACUCCACAUGUGGCGGUGUAGUGAUUUCAGGCAGUGGACUGAGUCAGACUACAGUGUGACCUAGGGUGACAGAGUGACUUGCUGAUGAUUUAUCACUACCUGCAUGAUAAUGUAACUCUAUAGAAGACAUUAGGCUUUGGCUACACAAUGUUUUUUCUUAUGCUCCAUUCAUCAGUGUCCUGGUUCUGCACAUAGGGUUUGUUGGCCAGUCCUUGCAAGGCUUCUGAACCACUUAAAUCAAUAAGGGUAUAGGUGGGUGGUUGGCCAUUUGCCUCUAAAAAGGUUGUUUCACUGAAAUGACUGUACUCUCAAAUGAAGAUGCUUAUAUUUGCAGCCUUAUAUUUGGAGUCUUGUUAACAGAAGUCACCUUGCACAUGUGAUUUAAUGCAUUUCCUGUUUGUUAAGAAAAUGUUCAUACUUGUCAUUUUGGGAACAUAAACUACUAAAGGAUAUCGAAUGAAAAUAGGAAGUGUGAUGCUCCUGGAACAGCCUAACUGCGGUUGCAUGUUGUCAGUAGUUAGUGAUCUUCACAGGGGUCUAAAUCAGUUGCAACAGCUUCUUUCUAAGUUUGGCUAAGUGCAAUAUGAAUCGAUGAAAUAGUCAGUGAUUUAUUUCUUUUUAGUAGCUCGCUUUUUCUUUUUUUUUUU